AUGUUGCAGGCUACGCCCUCGGGCAGCGUGUCCGAGGUGUCAUCCACCCAUCCCAAUGACACUCACGGAAGAUGGCACACUCUCCCAAAGAAGAAACCCAGUCGAUGGCAACAGCUCAUUCUCGACACAUGGAUCCUUGAAUGCUUGCUCAUGAUAUUCAGUCUUGGCUGCCUUGUCGCAAUUUGCAGUGUCCUGCUAGCAUACGACAACAAGACAAGGCCAGACAUGAAAUAUGGACUGUCGUUAAACGCGAUUAUAUCAACCCUUGCAACCGCCUCCAAGUCGUCUCUUGUUUUUGUGGUGGGCGAGGCUAUCGGUCAAUUGAAAUGGAUAUGGCUUCAAACCCCGAGCAACCGACAAUUAUUGGACGUUCAGACCUUUGACAGUGCCAGUCGGGGACCACUUGGUUCGCUAGUUCUGUUGUUUCAUCAUGGAGGUCGAUCCCUGGUCUCAAUUGGUGCAUUCGUGCUUCUUUGCAUGUUAGCCUUUGAUCCAUUUAUUCAACAAAUCUUGAGCUAUCCGGCUCAGUCGACCGAGAAACCUGGUGCGUAUGCACCGCAAUUGCGAGACUACUCUCUAGUGCUACCUGACUUGGAGGGUACGAUGAAUAUUGCAGUCAUUAGCGGCAUCUGGAAAUCUGGGUUUCCCAUCGAACCAACGUGUCCAUCCGGAAACUGCACGUUUCCUACCUUUCAGACUGUUGGGAUCUGCAGUCGAUGUGCCAAUAUUACUUCAAAUGUCACACUCGAUUGUCACAAGCCAAAACUCAGCGGUGAAAGGGGUUCCGUAGCAGGGGCCUGUAACGUGAUACCUGAUCAGGGCACGCCAUCUAACUCGCUCGUCACAGUCAACGAUGCAAUCGAUGAAUGGCAACAGAAGCAAAUUUUAAAAUUUGCCAAAGAAUUCAACAUGCCUCUUGAUGCCGAGACCCAGACAAUAUCGAUGCCCGCAGAUAUUGUCUGGAGUAGCAAUGGGUACGAUUCGGAUGCGAACUCUACGGAUAUCCUACACGAGGGAAUUUUAUCUCCCCUUCUUACGGUAGCCCAUGCCAGCCUAGAUUUUGAUUUCAAUCGCACAACACCUGGUGGAGACCCUAGAGAUGGAAUUGUGAUCAAGCAGGUGACCGAGUGUAGCCUUUCUCUUUGCUUGAAAAAUUACGAUAUCUCGAUUGUGAAUGGGAAAUUGCACUCCGACAUCUCAACCCUCAGUUACGGGCGAGAGUUUACUCGGACUGCCGAUGUACCUUCUCCCGAAAACUGCUGGAUGCCGGAACAUGAUAUUCCACAGGAGUGGCUAUCGGAGGAAGGAGUCGCUGCAGCGAGUGAAUUUGUUUCCUGUGGGGCAUUUGCCGUGCCAUUUCCCCAAGGUACAGAAACUCAGAUAUUCAUAUACAACAGCUCUAGCGUCAUGGAAACGGGUUCUGAACUUGAAGCCACAGAUGAAGUCGUUUCAAAGAUUGCUUAUUUAGGGCUCGAAGCAAUCAUGUCCAAUGUGGCCGAUUCUUUAACCAAGGUCGGGCUGGAUAAUGCGAACUUCGUAGUGAAUGGCACCGUCUCGACUUUGGAGGUUUUUGUGCACGUUGAUUGGAUUUGGCUUGCUUUCCCAGCAUUGCUGGUAAUUCUAGGGAAUAUGUUCUUGGUGUUGACAAUUAUUGUCAACAAAAAGAAGAAAUGCUCGCUUUGGAAGUCAUCUAUUAUGGCGAUAUUCUUUCACGGGUUGGCCGAGGUUGAACAUGAUGAGUACCAGACCAACAGCAGAAUGGAGACAAUGGGGGAAGGUCUUGAGGUCAGGCUGGAGUUUUCCGAUCGCAACGGGCGGCUUAUGUUACAAAGGCAAUUCUAA